AUGGGCUGCUUCCUCUCGUGCUUCCGCGGCCGCCCCGACCCGGCCAGCCGGGCCCUCCACGAUCCGCUCGUGCGCAAGACCCGGCUCGGGGACGCCUUCCUGGACGACCACCACGACGACGGCACGGCGACUCCGUCGGUAUUCAGGCCGUGUUGCCGGUUCAACUCCGACGGGCACGAUGGUGCUGUGAAGCAUGAUCAGGACACCGACGAAGGCACUGACGACCAUGUCACUGAGGUUGAAUCAGCGGCGAGAUCAUCGUCGCAGGAAAGGUCCUCAGGCCAGAUCAUCAGGAACCAGAAUCCUGAUCCUAGCGACUCGCCUUUCCCCACCCCUCUGGUUCUGAGGGACGACAUCCAGACCCCUGGAUUCACCACACACCAGGGGAACUUCAAGCCCGGGAAGCGCGGGAGGGCCAGCAAGCAGUUCCUGUACCCCGUCCUGCGACCCAUCGAGAACAAGCUGCAGUGGACGGAGCUGAGAGACGAGUCCUCCUCCCCCGUGGUCGCCUCUCACCCUCCCAAAAGAAGGUACCUGUCUGCAGAUUCCACCGAGAACGAGAAGCCCCGUCAGCAAACCCUUCCAGGCUCAGUGAAUGCAGACGCAGCGCUAUCAUCAGAGUCUGCGCCAUUUCUGUUCCAUGGCGGCUGGAAAGAGCAGCACGCCGAAGAAGUGGCGUGUCCAGAGGAUGAGAACGUCAACCAGCAGCAGCUUGUGGGCGGCGGCGGCGUCGGAGAGCUGCUGAGCAAGAGCUCGGAGAACGGGAAGCAUGGCGUGGCCAGCCUGUCUUGCUGGCUCAAGACUACGUGUGCGGAUGGUGAGGGUGAGGGCCAGACUGGACGGCAGCUGGGCUUCGGGAGCGUCGAUCUCAGCGACGUGCCCGUCUUUGUGGCCUCUGGGCUGAACUGGGACAACGAGAACAACCCUACCCCGAUGCUGCCCAAGGCCUGGGACGGCAACGGGAUCCCCAACACCACCACCAAGUACAAAGAGGAUGGUGUGAACUGUGGUGUUUUAGAGUGGGUAGAUGCCCCUUGGCCUGUGAUUUUGCAAAGAUGCUUAACCAAGCUCUGGGAUAUGUAUCAUGAGAAGAACCUUGAUAGAGUGCAAGACAAAGAGGUUCAUGAGAUAGAGGUUGAGAAACUAAAGAAGGAGCUGGAUUCUCUUGGCAAUCAGUACAGUCAGCUUGUGGAUGAUGUAUCCAAGCUGCUUGAUUACCAGGAUGGGCAGAAAUCCCAUGACAUGGAUUACACAAUCCAGACAAUCAAUGAACUUAAGGAGAAGAAGCAUCAGCUUGAGGAGCGGGCAAAGAUUAAGAUUCAAAUGGAGAAGCUUAAGCUCAAGAAAGAACAAAGGAAGGAGAUACAAGUUGAGAGAGACCUCCUUAAAGAAGAGAAGAAGAAGCUGGAGCAUAUCAUUGCUGAGCUCUUGAAGGCAGGUCAUGGGUGCAAAGAAAAGCUAGACAAGAUCAAAGAAGUUGUCAUGGAGGAGUGA